CACACACACACACACACACACACACACACACACACAGCGCGGUCAAUAUUAAUGGGUUAAGAUAUUUGGGUAAAGACCUCCUGAUUGACAUCUCCGAAACGACAUAUGGCAAUCUGAAAUGAAUCUGAGACCACGCCUUCACGAGGACGUUCCUUAAUGAAUCAAGUCAUUACAAUAAACCUCAGGUAAUAAAGGACUGACCUGAGGAACACACACACACACACACACACACACACACACACACACACACACACACACACACACACGAUCACGUACAAACGAACACACAACGCCGGGGGUAUUUAUGGCCGCCAAACCAACGAUUCCUUCACAGCUUCUGAAGGAUGCCUAAGGACAAGUCCUGUUCUUGUUUCUCGCAAACAUGAGGACACCUGUACACACCUGUAUCAAAUGUUCAUGGUGUAAUAAUUACUUCCCGCUGUCCACGGUCGCAGAUCACAGGGCGACGUGUCUUCCAGAGGGCCUUGGUACUGGAUCGAAAGAUAUAUCUACUAGAAACAAUGAAGAGACACCGUCGUCUAGCUCUGAUCGAUCAGAUGUCGGUUUCUCUCAACCAGGCACCAGCGAUAUUGGGAGUUGUUCUCAACGAUGAAGCCAGUCAAAACCAAAGCGAUCGGUAGUGGGCGAAAACGAAAACGAGCGAAUACAGGAACAAACGACACCUGCAGGAAAAAGCAAGUCCGUCGUGAGGGAUUCUCUCAAACAAACAGUUCUCCACAGCCAGGGCCCAGCGGUUAUAACCCGGGUCGGCCAGUAACAACACCCACACCAACGCCUUGUGAAAUAAGCCAACAUUUCAACGGGGCUUUAACAACGAUGGACGUGCCUAUCCCACCAGCAGACAACGGGGACAUUGCAUCGUAUUUCAACAACAACACUGACCGUCUUCGCGAGGCAGUAGAGUCUGUAUUCCAAGGCUGCCAGCAGGUUAGACCUCCUUCUUCUAAAGUGUACGUUGACAUGCAUCUGCGUUUAAUCAGAGAAGACCCCGACGACGGAGUUCAAUAUAGAGAUAUGUAUAUGACAAGUCAUAUGCAGGUAAUUAGCUAUGGUGAUAUAGAUUCAUAUGUACGUGAACUAUCCGAAUAUUUUAUUAAUCGGUUUGAACAUGACAUGUCAGACGAAGAGGGCAGUGGAUUUACGUUAGAUGAAAUAGUUAGCGUAAAAUUUUCUUUCUCUCUUAUAAUGCUGCACAAUAGUAUUGGAGAGUAUGUACCCUAUCCUAAGGCUGUUCCAGGGACAACACAAUUUCUCAAACCUUCAGGACCCACGGACUGUGUUUUCCAAGUGCUAACAGCUUAUCGCUAUCUGAAGUCAAGAAAUGUAGUUCUAUCUGGCAGACAAUGGGAGAAUGCUUGCUUGGCCUCUAUUAAUACAGGUAACAUUCCAACCCCGGUAUCCUGGGAAGACCUCGGUCGGCUUGAAAGAUUAAACAACAUAAGUAUUCUCGUUUACUGUCUAGACAACGUUGAAGACAAAAAAGGCGAACUAACUCUAGUCAGAAAGGGGCUCAAAGAUCAAGAAGCUGUUCAUUGUCUGUUAUUAGGGAACAGACACCUAGCUCUUAUCCAAGACUUUGACGCAUGCAUGAACCUGUUUACCUUAAAACGUCGAGGGGAAAAAAAGUUUUGCGAUAUCUGCCUGUGCGCCUGUGAGAACAAGACAACGCUUGCUGAACAUAAGCUAAUUUGCCCAACGAUGAUCACAAGACUAAGAUUCCCACCCGCGGGCUCUACUGUGAAAUUUAUUAAUCAUGCUAAAGCAUAUGAGCCAUCUUAUUUAGCAUUCUAUGACUUUGAGAGUAUUCUCGUAGAGCCUUCUUCGAAUGUGUCUGGAUGUGUAAAGAGACAUCACUUUGCCAUAGAGUAUGCUUACAUUAUAGUGAAUAGAAACGGAGAAACAGUACACAGCGGAUCCAAUUGUGGAAGUAAUGCUGUAAACCAUUUUAUUCAUACAAUGCAGCGUGCCUGGAAGAAGUGAAAAUUUUCUAAAGGCUACAAUAAAAUCAACAUGACCGAUGAAGAUAAGACACGUCACAAUGAGCAAACUCACUGUCUUCUCUGUAAACAGGGUUUUUUAAAGGUGAAGGAGUAAAACAUCAUGACCAUGAAAAAUCAGGAAACAAUUACAUUGGAGUUUAUUGUAAUAGAUGCAACCUUCAAAUGAAAAAUCACAAAUUGCAGCUCACUCUCAUUGCACAUAAUGCUAAUUACGACAUGUCGUUAAUCCUGCGUGAAUUAACGAUACCUGACUUGAAAAUCAAACUAAGACCAAAACGUUCAGUUCACAAAUACCAUGAAGUCAUCAUAAAUGACUUGAGAUUUAUUGACUCAUAUGCCUUUAUGUCUGGUUCACUCGCGGCUUUAGCGAAACAAUUCAUCAGUAAUGGGAACGAACCCAUAUGCACACAACAGAUGUUGAAAGAUGUGCCAACACCUGCGUUGCCAUUAUUGGUCAAGGGAAAGCAGGUUUUUUGUUAUGACUAUAUGGAUUCGAUGGAACGACUUUCUGAGACACGUCUUCCAUCCCGCGAAUAUUUUUUUCAAUUCGCUUCAAGAAGCAGAACUUUCCGAAAGUGAUUAUGAACAUGCUCAGAAUGUUUGGAAAGUAGCUGGGUGUCAGAGCCUGAAGGACUAUUUGUUGCUUUAUAUAAAACUGGAUGUUAGCCUUGUAUGUGAUGUCUUCCUAGAGUGGAGAGGUAUUUUGAAAACCCAGUGGAGGUUAGAUAUUGUAAAUUAUGUUAGCCUGCCAGGAUGUGCUAAAAACACAGCAGGAAUUAGAGGUGCUUAGUAGCCCAGACAUAUGUCAUUGCAUUCAAACAAAUAUGCGUGGGGGUUACACGAGUGUUGUGCGUCGUUUUGUACGCGCCAAUAACAUCUACACAAACCCACAGUUUAAUCCAAAACAUGAUAAAAGCACUUUCCUUUCAUAUCUUGACUUCAACAGUCUUUAUCCCACUGUAAUGCGAGAGAAGUUGCCAUGUGAUGAGACAGAAAUGCAAUCGUUUUUGAGCGGGGGCUUGGUCAAUUAGGCAACCGAUGGCGAUUUUGGAUACCUCAUACUGAGGCUGUCUCACGUGAAUUCGUUGAGAAAACGGAUGACCUCCCACUGAUCAUCAGAAGACACAAUAUCACCAACAGAGAUAUAUCGUCAGUCACACGCGAAUGGUAUGAAGAAGAAAACCGUCCAGCACCGUGUAAGAACAUAAAACCGAUUGGAACACAUGCUGCUCAGGAGAAAAUGGUUUGCUCUGCCCCUCCUUAAACUACUUAUUCAACUAGGCCGGGUUGUUAAAAAGUGCAUGCUAUUCAUACAUUUAAGCAAAAGCACUUUCUUGCGGACUUCAUUCAGGAUAACAUAGAAGCCCGCAAAAGUGCUACUUGCCCUAUCAAGAAAAAUGCAAUCAAGUGUAUUUCAAACAGCAUUUUUGGUCGAUUCCUGAUGAACGUGGCCAAAUAUAGUGAAGACAUAGAUAUUGUCACCAACCGCGAAAAGUUUUUGAAGCUGGCCCGAAGUCUUUACUUUAAACGCGUUGUACCUCUCAAUGAUGGCCAUGUAGUUGUAACUCGCCAUAGGAAAUAUUCACGGGUGAAUCAUCCAAACUACAUUGGCUACUACAUCCUAGAGCUGUCCAAGCUGCGACUAUAUGAUUUAUAUCACAAUGUGUUGAAGGCUCAUUACGGAGAUCGGGCGAAACUAGUGUAUUGUGACACUGAUUCCUUAAUAUCAGAGAUUGAAACUCCUGAUAUAUUAACAGAGUACUCGCAGGAACCCUUCAAAAGCUAUAUAGACACAAGUAACUUUAGCCCCUCACAUUCCUUGUACAACACAGACAACAAAGGAAAGCUUGGAUUUCUCAAGUCUGAAGUGGGGGAAAGAACCAUCUCAGAAUUUGUAGGUGUAAGACCAAAGUACUACUCCAUCCUCUUGGCAGACGGUGACCGGUUGAGUUCAGCUAAGGGCGUUCCAAAGUUCAUAAAGAAGAAAAUUGCUCAUCAGCGAUACAAAGACGCCCUAUUCCAGAAGCAAACAUUUACCUUUGACUAUCAAGGAUUCACAGUGCGCAAUGGACGAAUGAGUACAGUAAAAUAUCCGAAGAGAGGGAUAUCUGUAGUUGAGGACAAAAGAUACUACAUUAGCAACAUGGAGUCACGAUCUUACGGUCAUCCCGAUAAUUCUAUAGGGGUAGAGGAGGAGGAGGAAGAGAAGGAGGAGGAGGAGGUAGCCCAGAUCAUGACACUGUCAAACGAAGAAACUUUGGAGGAAGGCGAUGAAAGAGACAUAACAGAAGCGAGACUAGCCGGGGUAAUGGGUGGGCAAGAGAUCGGUGAAAUGGGAGAACGAGAAGAAGAAACCUAUGAGUUGUGGGGAGAACAGGAUGUGCUGGCCGAGCAAUAUUUUCCCUCGAAAAUACAGGUAGCGAUGGAUGAUGACAUGUUAAUGCUAGUCGCGGAACAGGAAGAAAUAAAUCAAAUGCUCUCAUCAUCCCCCCUUGAAUAUAUGCUAGAAGAUACAGACUUCUCAGAAUAAAUUGUAGUUGUUUAUAAGAUAAGGACUGGUGUGAAUGUUGCAUAAAAUGUUUAUAGUGUAAGAAUUGGCCUGCUAUUUUUAUGUCAAAUAUAAAAUAUAUGUAAAUAUAUUAUGUAUAGAAGACUAAUGUUGGAGUCUUUGAUAUUAUAAAAUUGCACAUGAUUAAUCUGGAAUCAUAAUCUGACCAAAUUCCAAUAAACAUUGAGUUUGUUUGACUUGUUUAUAUGUCCUUUAUCAAAAAACGGAUGAAAAAAAAAUAAC